CUGUCCAUGUAUUUGCAACGAUGGGAUCUACGCCUUAACCCUCGGUGUGAGAGCUGACGCUCAAAAGCUCUCACAGCUAGCGAGUUGUCAUGGGGGCUAAUGGAGGGACGCUAGCGCUGCUAACCCUGAGCUGUACGGCGUAAUAUACGACCCCGGAUAACCAUACAGCUGAAUAACGUCACAUGUAAUAUACAUUUAGAACAGAAUCUCACCGUUUGAUUAAUCCAAAUGUAUGUAGUAUUCCAGUGUGUAUUUUAACCAAAGGGUUAGCUACCGUAGCAUCGCUAGCAGUGCUACGUAGUAUCGGGACGUGACACGUAGCUAGAAGGUUCAAGUUAGCGACCCUGUUAGACGGCCUCACCUUAAUGUUUGAGGAUAAUUGAUCUACACGGGCUUUAUUAUAGAAUUCGAAUGUGUUUCAGAGUUCACGAAAGCUCCCUUUAUGUGCAGUAAAGGGAACUAGCGAUGACAACGCGACUACCGGCUGUAAUGUCACUGGUUUGACAGUAGAAUCAUCUGGUAUAUGCAUAGCUGUCCCCAUAUGUGGCCUUUAGCAUUUUGUGUAUUUAAAUAUGUCGACUUUUACUGCACACGUUUAGUUUUUAAUACAGCUCUACGAAUAAACCCUAUACAUAAGAAAUUAUUUAAGAAAAAAAAAAAACUGGACUACAAGGGCUGUUGUCCUUUUAUUUAUAGUUAUAUCUUUGAUUAUAUAAGCCUAUUGUGUAGAUUGACUGGGGCAUCAUAUGAUGUGGAUGGGAGAUCAUUCUUUCUCAGAAUAUAGACCCUGACCCUAUUUUCAGUUUAAUAAUGACUGAAAAUCGUAAUAUUACUCGUUGGAACCUACCUAUGUCUAAGUCACUGGACCAUGAAAACUAUUUUGCUCUCUACACUCUGUUGGUAACCGGUUUGUUGUGUUGAAUAUCUGUUCUCUUGAAUUCUUAUUACAAUUCCCACCUUUUGACAAUUUAAAACGUCUAUGAUCAUCUCACUUGUGAGUCAAUAGUUAUGGAAGGCACAAUCAAACCAUAAUCUUCUUGUUUAUUGUGCUCCCAAUACCCAGGCCAGUUGGGCAACUUUAAAGUAAUAUGUUGACAUAAGGUGCUAUGUCCGGUGCCGUAGUCUAGUGCGAGCGCCUGUUGGUAGACAAGAGACUGGUUGAACGUGGAUGUCGGUGCCCAUCUCGCCAGCAUAUGCAGCUGACUUGGCUGCUUCACAAGUUCAUAUGUUUGAGUCUCAGCCUCUUAUGCCGGCCCACUCUUUCACAGCAGUCAUUCUGGGAAGGAGGGGGGAAGCGAUGGGAGACAGGAGCCUAUCUCCUGCUGACGUGUAGCUCAGCUGGGUUUUGCAUGGCUUUCACCUUUGCCUGCUGUACUCUUUAGUCCCUGACUUGUUUGCAUGUUACUCAACAUGACCCCACACUGCUCUUCACUUGUGGGUUUCAGAUGUCAGUAUGUAAGGAAAGAAUAGAGGAAGCUUACAUACAAUUAGGCAGGGGACUGGUUGGUUGUCCCUUGUUACAAACAUAUUUUUGUUUGGCAGCCAAAUGUUUUUGUGGAUUAAAAGUUUUUUUUAUAAUCUUUCACAGAUAAACAGUGAUUAUCAAACUGUAUCAAUGAAUUAGUUGUCAAAUUCUGAAAUGUUUAAGCCCUAGUGCUAAGAGUUGUGAAUGGUUUUAUUUUAAAUGGUGUUGAAAACACAGAUCUCUGAUUGCUUAUGGGAGGUAUGUGAAGCCUAUCUGAUAAUCAUCCUUGCUCUGAAACUCCUGUCCAAAGAGCCACACUGAUGCAAGAUAAUCACUGGCUGCAUGUUCUUGUAGAAUUCCAUUGUUUUUAUCACAAGUUGAUUGAAAUUCACUCAUGGUUCUUAUGGUAGAGCAUUAUCUCUUGUCAGAACUCCUUGAUUGGCGUUAACUAGUCCUGGGGAGAUGGUCCCAGUUUGGGACAUUAAAAUAGAGUAUACCUCUAGACCCUCCAGUCAUCUUGUUCUGUCAAUCUCAAGGUGUUAACCUCCCAUGUUGUGUAGGCAACACAGAAUUUCUAAUCUUCCAAUCAGACCCCAGUUAUAUUAUGACCCACCUUGUUGUGUAAAGUGAUCCUGACUAAUGUUCAAAUGAUGAGUCACAACCCAAGCACUUAUCUAUAGAGCUGCAUAUCAUUUUAUUUGGUUGGUAAUCUGGUAACAAGUACUCCUGACAGUACUACUCACUGAGUUGCUGUACUGAGACUGUUUUUGUAGUGGCCCAGACCAUUGAUUCGACAGCUUUGGAUAUGUCAUUCAUAUUUGAUUGGAUUUAUAGUGGUUUCAGCAGUGUACUGCAGUUUCUAGGACUGUAUAAGAAAUCUGGCAAGUUAGUAUUUCUUGGCCUGGACAAUGCUGGCAAGACAACGCUCCUGCACAUGCUCAAAGAUGACCGACUGGGACAACAUGUGCCAACCUUGCAUCCAACGUCUGAAGAGCUGACGAUCGCUGGCAUGACCUUCACCACCUUCGACCUGGGAGGCCAUGCACAAGCUCGCAGAGUGUGGAAGAACUACCUUCCCGCCAUCAACGGCAUCGUGUUCCUCGUGGACUGUGCAGACUUGCCAAGAUUGGGUGAAUCCAAAACAGAAUUAGACGCACUUAUGACGGACGAGACCAUUGGAAACGUGCCUAUCCUGAUCCUGGGCAACAAGAUUGACAGACAAGAAGCCGUCAGUGAGGAGAAGCUGAGGGAGCUGUUUGGACUGUAUGGACAGACAACGGGCAAGGGCAACGUCCCCAUGAAGGAGCUGAACACGAGACCACUGGAGGUGUUCAUGUGCAGCGUGCUGAAGCGCCAGGGCUACGGAGAGGGCUUCCGCUGGCUCUCCCAGUACAUCGACUAAAGGGCCCCCCCCCCCCCCCCCCCAACAACACGACCAAGGACCGCCCGCUGCUGCAGCCACCCCCCCACCACUACGGGGAGGGGGAGGGGGAGGCGCCUGACCCACCAGCCGCCCCUGCCGUUGCCACCAAGUACCAUAGCCAGCCCACCACCCCGACCCCCCUCAACCACGCCCAUGUUCGGUUAGAAACAUCUGCCUCCAGCUGCCGAGAGAACGCAGUACAACCUGAACCCAAUAGACUUUUAUUGGUCGAACAUUUGGUUACACACACACACACACACACACACACAUACACACAGGUACAGACACACAAUCACACACACAGACUGACACGCAUACACCCACAAACACCAACUCACACAUUCUCGCACUUGCGCACGCACACGUUUACUUAUUUAUCUCUCGUUAAUCUCCUGUUCAUAUUUUUUUUUUUUCUCUUUUCAAAGCGGUCAAAUUAAUAUGGAUUGUGCAGCAGAGGCGUUUCCAUUCACAGGCUUGAAAUCUUUAUA